GUCUGUGUUAGAGAGCGCUCCACACAGUUCAUAUCACCACAGCAGCCUCCACCAUAUCCACCUGACACCUUUAUCCUUUAUACACUUGGGAACAAUGUCAGCCGUCUACCUCCUCCUCCUGCUCCUCCCUCUGGUGUCAGCUCAGACCUAUCACUGGGGUCCCUGUCCUGACCCCAAAGUGCAGCCUAACUUCAAUCUUCAACAAUAUCUGGGGAAGUGGUAUGAGAUCGAGAAGCUGCCUGCUUCCUUCGAGAGAGGAAAGUGCAUCGAGGCAAACUACGCUGUGAGGAAAGAUGGUACCAUUCAGGUGCUGAACAGCGGAUUCUAUAAAGGCAAGGUGGAAGUAGCAGAAGGGACAGCAGUGGCCCCAGACCCCAGAGAACCGGCCAAACUUGGAGUCGGCUUCUCCUAUUUUGCUCCCUACGGCAGCUACUGGGUUGUGACCACGGACUACACCAGCGUGACCGUUGUGUACUCUUGCACGGACAUUUUACGAUUGUUCCACUUCGACUACGCCUGGAUCCUUGGGCGCUCUCGCUUCCUGCCAGCGGAGACUGUGAGGUUUGCUAAAGACCUGCUGAUCCAAGAAGGAGUCGACCUGUCCAAGAUGAAGGCCACAGAUCAGACGGGCUGCAAGGAUAACUAGGGAUUUAUUUCCCCUCAUUGCACUGUAACCAGCAACCUUCAUCAUUAUUUUAAUUGCUGCCUUAAAAUACUUGUGCAUUUAAAAAAACAAUAUUGAUCUUAAUGCAAUGUGCACUUAAAUGAAUCACUAAUACUUGAUUAUCUCGUAUGAAGCUCAUUUUGUAGUUCAAGCUAUUGUAUUGUACCUUUUAUUGUGAUUAUUACAGCAAACAUAUCUCCCUAUGGUUGGUUUUGAUUAUAAUAUUUGUAUCCACCAUGACACAAUCUCGCUCAUUUUGCUGUUUACAGAUGUGAAAAUACUUAUAAAACAUGGUAUUGCAAUAAAACAAGCAUAUCCUUGCUGAUCGCAAAAAAA